AUAACGUUAGCUAGUUCAAACGUGAGCAGUCAUGGAGUAUGCGCUGUUUUAUUUCAAAGUCGACAAGACUGUGGAGGUCGGACCAGUAAAAUCCAUCAAGGAUGAGGAUAUGAGUAAAGUUGACACAUCAGAAACUAUAAAAGAAUGCCCUGAUCUGACGGAUGAUGAAGGGUGGAUAAAUGUUAAGUGGACCAGCAAGGGGAAAAAGAAGAAGAAGGAAGAAUAUUUUCUUGCCAAGGUCUUGCUGUUCAGUGAUGACUACAGUGACCUUUGUAAAAAGAGGGAAGACUGGUGCCAAAGCGGCGCAGAUAUAUGGGCAACCCGUAAAAGAAAAAUAACCCCCCCCAACAAGUUGGCUGACCAGGAGGACAGACCAGCGGAAAAAAAGCAGCUGAAGGUGUUUAAACACCCCAUGCAGCAGACCACGGAGCAAAUGAAAAAGAAGGCUGCUGAUGAUAUGGUGGAAGCACUCAAGAAGGAAAUAAUGACGAAGAAGUCCAUUAGGGAAGAGGAUUCUGAGAUGCAAGACCUCCCCGUGGAAGACAUCUCCAUGUCAGAUGAUGACCUGGAGCCUGACCUGGACUCUCACCCUACCUUCCGGACCUGGGGCACAGCGAUGCUCGAAAUAAGACAACUUAAAGAGGAGAACAAGAGGCUGCGGGAGGAGAACUUGAUCAUGAAGGGGGAACUACUGGAUGCAGUGACAGAGCUCUCCGGGGUUGCGCGGCAGCUAAAGAAGGUUUUGCACGGAACUGCUUCCACAACAAAUCACCGAAGGUAUGGAUUGUGA